UACAUGCAGUUGGCUAGGCUUAGUUGACGUCUGACGUGUACCUUUUUUCCCAGUUUGUUUACAUCUUCGGAAAGGUCGAAGAAUUCUCCUGCAUGUGAAUUUAGUGAAUGUCAUGUAGAUGACACGACCAAAAUGCGUUCAAAAUUCAUGAAAUUAUUAUUUUUACUAUUGGGAUUCGUCCUUUCUUCUAUUAAUCCAGUGGCUGAUGCUAUACCACUUAGCAAUUCUGUACUUUAUAAAGAUUCAGAUCCUAUCGUCCAAAUGAAUAUUGCUGACUUUAAAUCAACUAUUGUAGCUACCAGUAAUGCCUGGCUAGUUGAAUUUUAUAGUAGCUGGUGUGGGCAUUGCAUUGAUUUUGCUCCUGCCUAUAUUCAGCUUGCCAAUGAUGUAAAAGGUUGGGAAAAGGUAAUUAAAGUGGGAGCAGUGGAUUGUGCUAAGGAGGAAAAUAUUCCUUUGUGUAGAGAUUUUGAAAUAAUGGGCUAUCCAACCCUAAAGUUUUUCCCUGCAUUUACUGAUGCCAGUCAUUUAGGCAUAGCAAGGACAGGUGGUAAAAAGGUAGAUGCCAUUCGAAAUAGCAUGAUUGACUUCAUUGAGCAACAGUUUGCAGAGAAAAAAGCUCCUCCACAUUGGCCAGUAUUAGGUUCACUUCAAAACGAAACAUUGGAGGAUUUGUGGAAUCACUACAACAACAACGAAAUUAUUCUACUUUUUGAAACGAUAGACAACAGCAAAUAUUGGUCAAGAGAAGCUAUAAUGGAUGCUCAUCAAUAUGCUCCACACUACCCGCCAAUACGACGAGUGAAUGCAACCCACAAAGAUUUGGUCACGAAGUACAACGUCCAAACCUUGCCUGCCUUUGUUUUUCUUGAACGAACGGGCAAGUCAGAACUGUAUCAGAUUCAACCCGAUCGAGAUUACAUGAAAAAAAUUAUGCGAAAAUUCUUCGACUCGGAGAACGAAGAAGGUUCGUUAGCUAUUGCUAAUAUUCCGAAGCCCGUUCACACUCAAGAACCCCAUGCCAUACACACAAAUGUCAAAGCUGCCAAAGACCAAGUUUACAUGGCUGAUUUAGAAGGAGCUCUGUUGUACGCAUUCGGUCACGAAGUCAGUGUUCAUAAGCUUAUUGUUGGCAAAGAGUUAGCCGCCCUAAAACAACUGAUCAAUGUACUUGACCAAUAUUUUCCUGGUCGCCCUGAAAUGAAAGAGACUAUUCAUUCCAUUAGACGUAAUCUGGAAGGGUACAAGAAACAAAUUCGAGGAGAAGAGUUUUCCAAAUUAUGGCGUGACGCUCUUAAUGGUAGAGAAACAAAUCAAGAAUGGGUUGGAUGUCGUGGAAGCCGACCUAAUCUGCGGGGGUACCCGUGCUCCUUGUGGACAACUUUUCAUACUCUGACAGUGAAUUACGCUUUAAAGCAAUCUGAUGAUACUUCAAAUGAACCUAAUCUUAUACUGCAAGCGAUGAAGGGUUUUAUCAAAUACUUUUUUGGAUGUGCCCAUUGUUCUAAUCAUUUCGUUGACAUGGCCGAAGAUGAAGUAGAUCCCAUCGAAUCAGUAAAAUCACCAAGACAAGCCGUUCUUUGGUUAUGGGCGGCCCAUAACAAGGUAAAUCGAAGAAUCGCCAGUGAUGCCAGCGAGGAUUCAAAAGCACCCAAAAUUCAGUUUCCUGCACCGAAUAACUGCCCUGAUUGUCGACCAAACGGUGUUGAGAGGGAAGAAGCUGUGUAUGACUACCUGAUAAAGCUGUACCACCCUGACCAUAUUAGCUCGGUUGGGCUUCUUAUAGAAAGAAAUGCAGCGCACUCGGGUAGUUCUAGGGUUCAGUCUCUUCCGCUUGGUACCCUAUCAUUUACUGGAUAUGACAUAAGCCUUUGUGCCGCUAUUUACCUGGUCUCUUCGCUUAUUUUAAUGCUUGUUCUCUGCCGUAUACUGGUCAAAAGACGUCGCUACGUUCGUAAGCAGGUUUACGAUGUAUGCGGUAAACUCAUGUGAGUGUCUUUUUGUUAAGAUUUUUCUUCUAUUUUAUACAGUACUUUGACCCACAAAAAUUUGCCAAUUUUUAUUGAUAGGGGGAAUCAAUACAAUGAGUGCUAUUUGAA